AUGCGGCAUUCGGAACGCUUAGAUUUUGUUUUGAAAAAUAAUAAUUGGCCUCAAGAAGUUUUCAUCAAUGGAGUUUACUCGCCGAACGUUACACAAAUGCCAACUGUCCUACCGAUUCGUGCCAAUCCGCACGAAUAUUCUCUCGAUACGCCUUUAUCACGGCAUGCUGGCUUCUACGUCGAUCUUAGUUAUCAACCUGUCCUAUCGCCUGUUAACAAUACAGUCAUCGUGCGUGAAACACGUUUAGCUUACUACAGACGAAUGUAUGCUGUAUUAAAGAGAAUUACAAGAAAAUUAAUUAGUCAAAAUACGAAGUUAAGUGCAUUGGCAACACCACCAACAGUUCUUAUUGUCACACAUCGACCAUGUGUGACACUACUAGCGGCUAUGUUAAAUCUUGACGCUGUCGAUGAUAAAUUAGCAUACUUGAGUGAAAUGGAAAAUAAUAAACGUGGUGAAGUUAACUUUCUUUCAAUGAUUAUAGCUGAAUAUGAUGCAGCAACAGGCACCUGGAUGUUCCUUUCGGACUUUCCUCAACUACCAACAGCACCUUUAUUAACAGCGAGUACUCUGAUGAAUUCUUUGAAAAUUUCUGAUUAA